AAGAAGACUCUGAGUCUCUGAUGAGCGAGGUCGACGAGUCGAGCAGCCGGCGGGAAAACAUGACUCUUGGGACGGAAGGGAAGCCCCCGUUGGACGGGAGUGAGGACGGCAACGCCGGCAACGGUAAACAGAGCGUGGACCUUCCUGUGUCGGACGUGAAGAGAGAUGCUCUUGGGGACGAGCUGCUGGAUCACGUGGCCAACAGCAAAGCGAUCUUCAAGAGCCAGCAGAAGGAGGAGCCCGAGCUGUCGUUCGAGGAGAAGCGCGCCAUAGCGGGGAAGCUGUUGGAGAGGAGUCACUGCUUGUUCCUCUCCAAAUUCGGACGUUACAUGAGGAUGGAGCAUCUGGAGUACUUCGGCAGGAGUCAGGAGUACGAGACGGUCUAUCAUGUGAGCAGGCUGCGGAGAUACUUCAACAACUCCACCCGGCACAUCGACGUCAAGAACAGACGGUACGAGGCUCUGAAGACGCUGAUAGAGAAGGGCGAGUACUUCAGCGAGCGCGAGAUGAUGAGGAGAAAUCCACUGUUGUACGAGCACCUGGUGGGGCGGUAUCUGACGAGGGAGGAGAGGGAGGCUAGGGACAACAUCGACACGAAGAGCGCAAGUUAUGUGGAUGUACUUAUGGAAACCAUCGAGAGGAAUAAAUUACAAAACCAUUUGGAGUCUCAACAGAGGGAAGAGGACGAGACACGAGAAGAGAGUGAUUCGGACGAUUCAAAUGAUGAUGAUGAUGAUGAUAGCGUUGAAUCCGAGACAAAGGAAACAGAACAGAAACAUUACCAAUGGGGUGAAGUUGUGGAUGUAACAAAACACAAGGAUAGGAGUAGAGAAAAAAAGAAAAAAAAAGAACAGGGAGAGAGAUUACAAAAUAAAGUACAUAAAAUAUCGAAUGAAGAAAUAAAGUUAUUUAGACAAGAGUUUGUUACAAACAUGUACCAAAGUUUUCUGGAUGGUAAAGAUAGGGAUUUCGAUUACAGUACUACAGACGAUAAUGAAGCUUAUGAUAACGUAGAAUUAAGGAAUCAAGAUGAGGAGGAAAAGUACUUUGAUUCAGAAGCCCCUGAAACUGUUCUUCCACAUAAUGAGUGCAAUGAUCAAAACGAAUCGGAAGAUGAGUUGGAUAUAUAUAUGAGAUCGCUGAAGGAGCAGACUCCUACAAAUCCACACUCUUUGGAUAAUCAGACAUAGCCCUGUGUACAUUGGGUUACAAUAAAUAUAUUUGUACCUGGCAAAA